UAGAGGUCAGACAUCCAUCACAGCCGCCUGAUGCGGAAUGGAGUCGACACCCACCCAUCUGUUGACCGCCCGGCUCAAUCUGAUUCGCCAUAACGCUUAAAAACACGACACUCGAUAACUCAUCCGCCUCCUCUCCUCGCCGUUCAGACCGUGCAUUGGUAUUUCUUUGUGUUAAAAUCAGAUAUUACAAACUGCGCGUUGAGCAGCACGAGACUGCGAACAAAGAACAUAGCUCCGAUGCGCUAAAAGCAGCCAAUUCCACCUUAAAUGCCAUUUGCGUCUGUGGUUGAGAUCUAGGCGCCAUCUUCGGUCCACCUUAAGCGCACAAUGUGGCCAACGAACGCAAGCGUACCAGCCAGGCUUCCGUCCUCAUUCUCCAGCCGGGGAUCGCACUCUGGCUUCCCAGCGUUGACACAGCGUCACUUGUGAAACAACAGCGGGGGGAAAAGACGCACUCGGGCCAAACCCCAUCCGCACACGCAGGAGAAGAUGUCCGAGCCCAAUAAGUACCGAGAGUGGAUCCUGGAAACAAUCGACUCUCUCCGCUCGAGGAAAGCCCGUCCGGAUCUGGAGAGGAUUUGUCGAAUGGUCCGGAGACGACACGGGUCAGACCCGGACCGAACCAGGACAGAACUGGAAAAACUGAUUCAAGAGCAGACGGUGCUCAAAGUUAGCUAUAAGGGGUCCAUAUCGUACCGAAACGCGGCGAAGGUGCAGAGGAAAAGCAGAAAGAAGAGUGAGUUUACGGCCGCUGGCAGCGGCAGCAGCAGCGCGGAGGCAGCGAGGGAGCCGACCAAACACGACCAUCUGAACAACAACGGCGACAGUGCGCACAGCUUCACCGACCAGGAGGAGGGAGAGGAGGACUCGGAGCCCAGCCCAGAUCCCCACACUCAAACAUCAGCCAGCACCACCGACAAGAAGCUCAAGCCUGCCUUCAGCCCAAAUAGCGGAAACGGGUGCCUCAGCUGUGGCGCAACAACGGGCUGCGAUGUCGGGAGCGGCUGUAAAGAGGAGAAAGCAAGUGCACCGAGAGACAAGGGAUUAGGACAGCAGGGUGCGGGGGACUGCCCGUCGCCCGGUCUCGGCCACAGAACAAGCGCACACGACGGCGGUGAUGCCUGCAGGAUAACACCGAGCACAGCCGAUGCACUUCGCGGAGGGAAAGAGCCGGGUUUGUCCGGAGAGAACAAAACUUGCCCCGGGAGCGUCAGCAACCUCCCUCAACAACAUAGACAGAAGCAGGCUGCACCCCUCAAGCCCAAACUUCGAGUCGGAGGAGGGGGCACCAAAACAGCGGGGAACCACGCCAACUCCGACCUGGGCGACAGAUUGGUGGCUUCUGUUCGCAGCCUGUCCGAGAAGAGCCUCCGAGGGUGCUCUGCCGCCGCGACCAGAGGCCACAUGAAGCCGCUCGGGCUAAAGGAGAUUUUGGGCUAUCUGAGCAGCCAGGAGCGGCUGUCGGAGGAGAAGCUGACCCGAGGCAAAGUCAAAGUGGUCAUGGAGAGAGAGGUGGCGAGGGGCAGGCUGCGCAGGACCCGCUGCGGGAACAUUACUCUUCCUCUGAGGGGGAUGGUGGUGGAGGAGCCGAUGCCGAAGAAUGCGUCCGCUGACAGACUUGUACAGAGAGCACUGCAGGACAAGCACGCUGUGAAAAAGCCGCCGUCCCCCUCUCUCCAGGAGAAUGAGCCAAUGGAAACAGCCAGUGAAGAAGAGGAACGGGCAGAUAAUGAGGAAGAGGAGGAGGAGGAUGAUCCUCGGAGUUCUGAUGAGGAGGGAGGACUAUCCCCGGUAGCCAUGACAACCGAACCGGAGCUCAUUGAGAAAACCACAGAAGAUGCUGAGAUCCAGACAGCAUCAGAGCAGGAGAGCCCCAGCAGCAGCAGCAGCAGCACGGUGGCAAAGGGAUGUCCGGGCCUGACCCCCUCACCAGGACGUGUCCACCUGUUCAGAGAGCUUCCUUGUCACAAUGUAGCAGUGCACACUUGGAGGAGAGAGCUGUCAUCCCUGAUCAGCAACAUAUGGAGGCACAAAAUCAGAUGCAGAAUGACAGAAUCAACCACACCUCCUCAGGCUUUAACAGCUCGGAGUCUAAGACAGAGGUCAGCGUCUCGUCCUGCCUGCUCACACCCACUGCCUCCCCGAGAGACUCCGGCACGUCUGAGGAACGGGAUAAACGGAGGAGUUAGCAGUGGAGGGUUUAUGAAGUCUGAGGGGGCCAUUGGGAGCCCGGUGGACUGGACAGUGUCUGAUGUGGUCAGUUAUUUCACAGCAGCAGGUUUCCCUGAGCAGGCUGCUGCCUUCAGGACCCAGGAAAUCGAUGGCAAGUCUCUUCUCCUCAUGCAGCGUAACGAUGUUUUGACUGGCCUGUCAAUCAGACUCGGUCCCGCCCUCAAGAUCUAUGAGCGCCAUGUAAAGGUUCUGCAGAAAACGCACUUUAAGGAUGAUGACUGCUAACAACAGACACAUGAAAUACACACAAAGACUGUUAUGUCUGUAUCUGCAUAUAGCUCAAGUAAUCAUAUAAAAAUGUAUGCAUGAUAUACAACACACUUCACUUUUCAUCUCAUGUCAAACAGCACACACACACACACACACACACACAUACACACACACACCUCUGUUUCUCUUCCUCCUGGCCCUCUACUACUGCUCUGGUCCAGAAACAACACGCAGAAAUGAGACUGGAUUUCCUGGACAACAAGGAUUUUCUACCAAAGAGAGCACAAAUGUUGGAGGGAGAAAGUAGACUCAUACAUUUUAAGAGGCAGAGGUUUAAAAAAAAAAAAUCAUGCAAUUUCUCUUUUUUGUUUACAAUGAUCAAGCACUUUGCAAUUUCUCGAUUAAACUGUGCAAGAUGAGUUUUGUUAACUGUUAUUUUGUGCUGAUCUUUAUGCACAUUUUGAAAGAGGUUGUGGUUAUUCUGUGAGGAAGUAAAUUUGUUUUUUGAGGCUGCGAUGCAUGGGUUUCUCGGUUGUUCUUGUGUUUGUCAUUGUACACGUACUGUAUGUGGUGGAGGCUUGACAGAACUUGUUAGAUUGAACACAAACAAAUUAGUAGUUGACCAGAUUAAAUACAUUCCCAGGAGCUGGAGUGUAUUUGGGAUGCUGACCCAUCAUAGUCGUCCUAUAUGUCAAAAUAAAAUCCGGGUUCGCGUCGCUGGUCAAAGCAAUAAGCUGAUAAUUCCCCCCUACCCUACAAACAACAUGUGGUUGGGGCAACGUACGAUGAACGCCCUCUAUUGGUAUCAUAACGUCUGCUUUACGUAUAAAAUUAUGUAGUAUUUACGUUCAAACGUAAGCUCAGGGCCCCGUAGCUGCGACGUCACAAAACAACGUUGUGAAUACGUUACGUUUUAAAAACGUUACAUUUGACGAGGUAAUAUAAUAACCUAACCCCAACGUUGUGAUUACGUCGGCAGACAGUCCUCACACAACGUUGCUGAGACGUCGUUUACACGUCCUUAUUACGUUAUUUACCUUUCUACAAUAUUGCUGAUUGGUCACUUGCUUACUAAACCCUGACCGUACACUUAGAUUUUGUGUAUUAAAAAGGCAUUGCAUGGUGUUGUAAUUUAAUCUCUAUACUAUCCUACCAAUGAAAUGCCAUUGCUUCUGUAAUUCAUGACCUCAACAUUUAUUUUCCAAGAUACUCAGUGCAGCAGUAAAAAAAAUACACCUAUCAAGCCCAAAUGUCAUUGAGAUCAGGUGCAAGUUACAUUUCUAGGUAGGAAAUAUGUACUGCAGCAAGCAUAAUUAUUGUACAGAGGAUGAGACAAACAUACAAAACUAGAUACAGAAACAACAUAAAAAAGGGCACCUUUCACUAGUGCAGUGUCCAUAACAGGUCCCCCAAAGUAUAUAAUAAUAUAAGUAUAGUAUAAUAUACAGUACCUCUCAUCACCAUAAUCAUGACCUCUACCACCAUCAUAAGCAUCAACUGCAGCAUAUUGACAGAAUAUCAUGACUACCUCCUCCCUAGUAUAUUUCUUAUAAAAUUAUGUCAUCACCAUCAUUGCAACUCCUUGAUUUGUCAACAGAUCAAAGUGCACAAGAACUAAAUUAAUACACCCAAAACUGCUUGUCAGUAAAUAUACUUUGUCUUGCAUUGUUGUAGUUCCAGGACAGAAACAACCAUAGACCUAUGAUUUCAACAUUAUCAGUGUUGAGUUUUGGGGUUUUUUAAGCGAUGAACUACAUUUCAGUUAAAAUAGGACAUCUGCAGGCAUUAGCAAGUUAAAUUUAAGGCUUUUUAAAUGCUUCUUAGAAUAACAUUUAAGACAGUUUGCCACACAAGUAAGCACAUGCAAGUUGUAUUCAUAGCUGCUUGACAUUUUUCCAAUUAUUUAAAUGACAACACUGACAUUUUUCCAAAUGUUUGUUUUGGUUCAAGAAAAGGACACUUUGCUUUGCAGACUUUUAUCACCAUGAUAUAUUCUGUCAUGAUGUAUUAGACACCUGUAUAAACAAAAAUAAAUUUAAGGCAAUUGAAGACUUUUUAAGGGCUUGCAAACAUUCUUUAAGUGUUAUGAUUUGCAGAUUCAACCCAAACGCAGACAUAGAUGAAAUGAAAAGGGUAUUUAUUGUAAGGGAAGUGGGGACUGGAAGUGGAAUAAGCAGGGGGGCAGCUGGCUGAGGCAGAGGUAUGGCUGGAGAGACAGGAGCAAGAGGAAUCCAGUGUGCCUUGUUAUUCAAUACAAAUGGUGGUAAUACUGAUUACACAUUAUUUCUACAGCAGUGAAUUAUAAGGUGUGGCACAGUCAAUGCAAAGCUUGGAAAUUGGCAAAAACUAUGGAAAUAUGAGCUAUGAUAAAAAUGUGAUAUGAUAAAAUGGCUAACCGCAACAAAUUUGUUGAGUCUGACAACUGGUAAUAAGCACAAGGUCAAUAGCAAUGUAGAGACUGACAACAGGCAAUGAGUAAAAUUCAGCAUAAUAUUUCCUCACUGAAAUUUACUCUAUUCAGUAUGCUAUAUAGUAACCUAGCCCUACUGCUGCCGCCACGGCUGAGUUCUCCCUGUUUUUAAGCUUCCAGGCAGUGUAGCCCUCAUUGCUGUCGGUGUCAGAAAAAGUGUACCUGAGGAUAAAUCAACAAAGUUGGAAAUUCAUAAAGAACAGUUUCAGCGUGAAUCAAUGUAGAGAAGUGUAGAAAAGGCUAACAGUAAUAUUUUUUGGCACUAAAUGAGAUGAAUUACCAUUUAUCGUUUUAGACAUACUGUACCUUCCUGAAAAGAUAAUGGCCUAUCCGAUAAUAGUCUAUCUCCAUAAGGCCUGGUGCUCUUUUGUUGAGGUAAAUAAAAGCCCUGUACAUUAGCUUUUACGCUCUUUAAUGAUUAAUUGUUGUAAAAUAGCUAGUGUACCUUUAGAUAACAUCACUAAUGUUACAUAAUCCAACAGUGCUGCUAUUCACAAAGAUAGCAUCUGUUCAAGCCCCUUUCAGUUCGCUAGCCAGUAGCCACUCUGCGGUAACUAUUCAGAGCAGUUAUGAGGGUUUGACGCAACCGUUAGCAGCAUCAUUUCAAGCGGGAGUAGGGAGCUUUGAAAUCAUUCAAUCGACAUAACAUAAAUUAGCGGUAGCAUUAAGCUUGCCUGUAUUUUUCAUUGUCGAAUAAUCUGAUUGACUACAGCUAACGUUACCACUACAAUAACAGUUGUCCUAGAUUAAACAUUUGCUGUUACUAUACCAUUAAUAUAGCUAGCUAAUUAGCUAAACUAAAUAGAAGCCUGACGCCACGCAUUUUCUACCUGCUAACGUUAGCGUUUUUAGUCUUUUAGUUAUGAGAAUUAAAACAAGAAGACAAACUUGAAUAUUCUGAAUAUUAUUCACUUGGUGGUUUCUUACUUACUGUCCUGCGGAGUUGGUAGAAAUAGCUGAAAUUUUGACAUCUUUGUUGUCAUGCAGCCAACUGUAACCGUCAUAGCUGCGCGCUUCUUUCAAAGAGAGGAGGCUGCAUUCAACCAAUGAGAAGGCACCGCCAAUCUGAUGAUCGAAAGCUAACUCAGAAGCGGACGGGAAAGAUUCAAACAACAGAGACUCUCAGCACCAGGACUGCAACGUUGCCAUUACGUAAUGUGUUUGUAGGGUAGAUGUUUGAGAGGUCGUUUACCUUGGUUACCUUGUCAGCUCGUGAUUUUGUGUAGCUCAAUGUUUCAGAUUAAAAUCUAUGACGUACAUAAACUUGUUCAUAAUGUUUUUAAACAAGAUCUAGUCGAGAUCUGUUCUGGCUUCUGCAUCACCACAUCAGGGGCCGGUUUCAAAACGAUAGAUUUAGGCUUAGAUAACACUAGACAGACUUCAGACUUCAGAUAGACGUCAAAAUGAAUCCGUUGCACAAAGCUGUCUAGUUCUUGACUAUCUUAAGUAGGACUGAUUUGCAAUGAUUUGUGGGUAAAUUAAAACUUUUUUCAAUUGAAAAAACAUGGCUGACCAGCAACUGCAUCAAACCGCUCAGCUCCAUUCACUCCAGCAGAAAAUGUUUUCUGGAAGGAUUAAAGCUUACAACGACAUUUUGUUCUGGGAAAAUUCAGCAAACAGUGUAACAAUAUAAAAAUCUCACCGCAGUUCAGACCUGUAGCAGAGCUGAGAUGCUGUGGCUUCUUAAUGUGGCAGGACUCAGUUUUUCUGGCAACUAGUCAGUCAGACUCAGGAUCGUUUCUUUGGACAAAUGAAAACGACUGACGAUGUCCUCGCUGCUGUAUAUUUCCUAAAAACUCUCUCCCUUCUUAUUGCUCCCCAACAUAGUUAGCAAACCACUAAUUAUGAGCUAUGCUUUCCUCUUUUUGUCAUUUGGUGCCACUGGUCAGCAGGUGUCACUGAUUGUUACCAUGGAAACACAGCUCUUAGUUCGUACCUGGUGGCUAACUUUUUAAGGUUAAAAUAAGUCAGUCUAACUUGCAUUAGACUAAUCUAAGAGCAGAAUUAAGGCCGGCCUAACACUACAGACCAGUGUAAAAUAUCUUUGUGAAACUGGCUUCAAGAUUUUGAUCAAGCGCUCCAGCUAACUGAACUGAAAUCAGCAGAUCAGUCAACUCUUAACUAGAUGUAAUAGAGUGAAUAUGUAAAUAUAUUGAAAAGAAGUCAAUUUAAUACAUUAGGCAGCCUCCAUUUGUAAAUUAUUGAAAUACAGUUAUCUAACUGAAAUAUGUUAUCGCAGGGUAAAGCUGAGUCAAUCAAUCAACUAAUCUCAUAGGCUACCACCAGCAUUUUUUUAACUGUUUGUACCGGUCAAACCUUAGAAACCAAAUGCUGUCAAAUUAUCACACAUCUCAUUCCCACCUUCACAUUCCAGGUUUAGCAUCUCCACUGUGCAUGCAUUAUAAAAACUACAGUUGAUUUUCUCAUAUUUGUAUGUUCUGCUUUCAGUAUAUUGGUUUCAUUUUGUAAAUGUUUUCAGUCCACUCUCCACACAUUGAUGUCCAAAUCAACAUUUCUUUGUGCAUUUAAACCUCCUCUACCUCUCUCCCCUCAGUUUCCCUUUCACUUUCACUUUCUUUGCAACUUCCAAGACCACGUUUUCAUAUUAUUACAGUUAGUUGACUGUGUAUUUUACAAAGUUUGUUGCCACUGUUAGUAUUCAGAUCAUUUCAUUAUUAUAUUAGUUAAGUCUCUCGGAGAGGACAGCUGUGUUCAGAAUCUCACAAGGGGAAUGUACAGUGCUUCUAUGCCCUUGUUGCUUGUCUCAAGUUAUUUGUUAAAGGACAAUUUUAGUAAUAAAAGUUUCAAUGAAAACACCA